UGGCGGAACUUGGAGAUGCUGUUUGCGUCACAGGCAAGUUUAGCAGAAGUGGAUACACUAAAUGAGACAGUCUUAAGGAGCUUGGUUGGAGACAAGACCGUGAGAAUGGAGGAGGACAUUAGAAAGAAGGGGAUGCUGUAUUUACAACAGCAGCGGUUUGGGAAGAAAUGGCGAAAGGUCUGGUCCGUGCUGUACCGAGAGAGCACCUGCUCCAUCUCUCGCCUUGAGUUUUUUGAGUUUAAAGAUGGAGCUGGAAGCACACUGGAGAGAUCCAACCGCAAACAGGAAAACAAAAAGGUGAUAAAAAUGAAUGACUGCAUUCGCGUUUCGGAGGCUGAUGUCGAAGGCUGUCCACGGGAUUGUGGACCUUUUUUGGUGGAGACGACUGAAAAGACCUUUGUUUUUGCCGUUGAGACAGUUGAACUUGACGAGUGGAUCCAGAGACUCUGUGAAAUCGCCUUUCCGAUGAGCUGGACAGAGCGAGGCGCAGUGAGAGGAAACAGUUUACAAGCUGAAUCUGAUGAUGCCACGAUGGCAGACAACACUCUCUACUGCAGCAGAGAAACUGCAAUGAAAGACUUUAAAGUGACAGUGAGGCGCACGGAGGCUUCUGAGAGGUGCAGCCUGAAAGGAACAGUGCUGUUACGGACUGAUUUUGAUAGCCUCCUUCUGAAGGAACCUAAGACGGGAGAAGUUCUCUACUCCUGGCCCUACCGCUUCCUCCGCAGGUUCGGAAGAGAUAAGGCGACAUUCUCCUUUGAGGCUGGGCGAAGAUGCGAUUCUGGAGAAGGCAACUUUGAGUUCGACACAAAGCAAGGAAACACCAUCUUUCAAUCUGUAGAGGCCGCCAUCAAUCUACACAGAGUCAAUUUACCUCAGAAGCAGAUAUCAAGUGGGGAGCGAGAUACCAUCCCCUCUUCACCUCGAAUGAGAGCUGUGGCAGAGGAUCCUGGUAUCUACAGUAUGGUGACUGAGGGGGCAAUCAGAGACGGACACAAACAACCCCAGAACGCUCAGCAAUCCAGACUUGAAACCCCUGCAGAGAAGCUUCUGACCGGAGUCAAGAGCCUGACCCUGGACACAAGGCCUCCGCCGCGAAAGAGCCAGGUCAAGAACUUCCGCAGCUGUCCUUUAGUCAACAGUGAGGAAGAGAUGUAUUCCCGGGCCAUGGCACUGGAUCCAGAUCGGGGAAGUUCAGGGGAGAAGAGAGAACCAAAAGACCGCCGUUCCACAUGCUCCAACCCUGAGGACUCUGACUACUCACUGCCCUUUGACACAAUUGCCAAGAAUGUUAUGGGAGACAUUUUGUCCACAUCAAACCCUUCAACCAUCUUUGUAGAGCCCAGCUGUGAAAAUGACAAGAAAGGCAAUAUAGAAAACACAGAACCACUUUAUGACAUUAUAGAUGAAACUGCAAUCAGAUCCCGUUUCCAAAACAGAAAAACGCAUUCUUACAAAAGAGUGGAGCAUAUCUAUGAUGAACCAGAGGGAUGCUGUGUGGCCCUAAGUGGGCCUCUAUCACUCUAUGAUGAACCGGAGGAGGUUAAAGGUCAUGCUUGGAAGAUGUUGGGCACAGUAAUGGAUCCGAGCGGUCACGAGUAUCCAUACAAUGCUUCUGUAGAUGACUACGCGGUUCCUAAACCUCCAAGGAGGGCCUUGCUUUUAAAGCAGGACAGUGAGGAAGAGGAGAGUUCACCAUACGAUAACAUCAUGGUGAAAGGAGUGCAAAAGAUUAACUAAAGACUGCUUCAGAAUCUAAAGGGUUCAAUGAAGUUAAAUAUAUAUGAGUGUAUGAAUGAAUGAAUGAAUGAAUUAAAUAUUUAAUCAUUUAAUGUGCAUAAUAUGGAUCAACCUGAUAUACAAUAAUUUGUACAUAUUUUAAAAGGUGGUUCAUUUGUAUGAGUUCGUACAACCUCACUUGUACAAAUUCAUAUGAUUUGUGAAAAAUCGUAUGUAUUUUAUGAGGUGGCAAAUUAGUAGGAAUUUGGCCCUAAACUUAACCAUCACAGAAAUCCAACAAAAUGGUAUGAGUGGAGACCGUAAAAUACAUAUGAAUUAGGCGUGAAAUAGCAUAGUAUGAAUAAUAGUGCAUUAUUUUUCUUCAAAAAGCUGUGAUCUUCAAUAAAUAUCACCAUGCUGGUCAAUAUGAUUAACAAUUAAA